CCAUGGCCGUGGGCGUGGCCGAGUACCACCUGAGCGUCAUCCAGAGCCCGCCAGGCUGGGAGGUGGGCGUCUACGCCGCGGGGGCGCUGGCACUGCUGGGCAUCGCGGCCGUGAGCCUGUGGCGGCUCUGGGCAUCCGGCAGCUUCCCCAGCCCCUCUCCGUUCCCCAACUACGACUACCGGUACCUGCAGAGGAAGUACGGCGAGGCCUCAGCGGAGGCCGGGAGGAAGAGGACGCCCACCUGGAAUGCCCAGCGGCCUGGCCCUCGGGGCCCACCCAGCCGCAAAGGCAGCCUCAGCAUCGAGGACACCUUCGAGAGCAUCAGCGAGUUGGGGCCGCUGGAGCUGAUGGGCCGCGAGUUGGACCUGGCCCCCUACGGGCCGCUGCGCAAGUCCCAGUCGGCCGACUCGCUCAAUUCCAUCUCCUCCGUGAGCAACACCUUCGGGCAGGACUUCACCCUGGGCCAGGUGGAGGUGAGCAUGGACUAUGCUGCUGCCUCCCACACCCUGCACGUGGCCGUGCUGCAGGGCAGGGACCUGCUGGAGCGUGAGGAAGCCCACUUCGAGUCCUGCUUCAUGCGCGUCAGCCUGCUGCCCGACGAGCAGAUUGUGGGCAUCUCCAGGCUGCAGCGCAACGCCUACUCCAUCUUCUUCGACGAGAAGUUCUCCGUUCCCCUGGACCCCGCAGCCCUGGAGGAGAAGAGCCUGCGGUUCUCUGUGUUCGGCAUUGACGAGGACGAGCAGAACGUGAGCACGGGCGUGGUGGAGCUCAAGCUGUCCGUGCUGGACCUUUCCCUGCAGCCCUUCAGCGGCUGGCUCUACCUGCAGGACCAGAACAAGGUGGCUGACGCCGUGGGGGAGAUCCUGCUGUCCCUCAGCUACCUGCCCACAGCCGAGCGCCUCACUGUGGUCGUUGUGAAGGCCAAGAACCUCAUCUGGAACAAUGACAAGACCACAGCGGAUCCCUUCGUCAAAGUGUACCUGCUGCAGGAUGGGAGGAAAAUGAGCAAAAAGAAGACGGCGGUGAAGAGGGACGACCCCAACCCUGUGUUCAACGAAGCCAUGAUCUUCUCCGUGCCGGCCAUCGUGCUGCAGGACCUAUCUCUACGGGUGACGGUGGCUGAGAGCAGCAGCGACGGCCGUGGGGACAACGUGGGCCAUGUCAUCAUUGGGCCAGCGGCCAGCGGCAUGGGCACCACACACUGGAACCAGAUGCUGGCCACACUGCGCAAGCCUGUGUCCAUGUGGCACCCCGUCCGGCGACACUAGCGACCAG